GUAGAAAUCCUGCUGUCCCCAGUUGAACCAAGACUGUAGCUGAUGUGCAGUGUCACUUACAACAUUAAUCAGAUACUGCAUUUAAGAUGACAGUCAUGUCCCAGUCAAAGGAUCUCAAGGAUGACUUUCAUAGUGAUACGGUACUCUCCAUUUUAAAUGAACAGCGAAUUCGGGGUAUUUUAUGUGAUGUCACUAUAAUUGUGGAAGAUACCAAAUUUAAAGCCCACAGUAAUGUACUAGCAGCUUCAAGCCUUUAUUUCAAAAAUAUUUUUUGGAGUCAUACGAUCUGUAUUUCUGGACAUGUCCUGGAGUUAGAUGAUCUUAAGGCUGAAGUGUUUACUGAAAUACUUAAUUAUAUCUACAGUUCCACAGUAGUUGUUAAGAGACAGGAGACUGUAACAGACCUUGCAGCUGCAGGGAAAAAACUGGGAAUAUCGUUUCUGGAAGAUCUUACAGACAUUAAUUUUUCAGAUUCCCCCUGUCCGUAUGCAUUUUGUAUAACUGAAAAAGGGGUGGUCAAAGAAGAAAAAAAUGAAAAAAGACACGAAGAUUCAGCUAUCACAAACGGGCCAAGAAUCACAAAUGCUUUUUCAAUUUUUGAAACUGAAAAUAAUAACAAUUUGUUUUCUCCACUUGACUUGAGAGCAAGUUUUAAAAAGGUAUCUGAGACAAUUAAAGCAACCAAUGUUGGCCUUGAUAGGGAUGAUGUUGGAAAAGAUGCUGAGCCAGCCAGUACGUUAGCUGAACACUCCUAUGCAGUUUCUUCUGGAGGUGAUGCUUUUCAAGGAACUCCUUUUUUAGAACGUGACAGCAGCCCUCUGUAUACAAUGAGUGAAGACAAUUAUGAAACUCUUCAGACAACACCUCUACUUCAACCAAUAAAACAAGCGUGUGGUACACCAAAGAUGGCCUUUAAACCCCAGUGUACUGGUUUGGCUAUAGCAAAAAUAUCAGCCCCCAAAGUAACCAAUACAGAGGUUCAACAAGAAGCAGUUACAGAUCAAGCGGUUAUUCCUUUCCCUCAUGAUAAGGCAGGAGACUUACUUUUUUCCACAGAAGAGGAAAAUAAAUCUGCUAACAUCCCUGGAUCCAUAGCAACUGUUAUUCCACCUGUUUACAGAUGUAACUGUUGUACCAGAUCAUUUGAUGACAGAGCUUUACUCAGUACCCAUCUUCAGCUUCACACAAAUCAUCAGGAACCUUUAAUAUGCAAAUACUGCAGCAAACAAUUUGCAAAUCUUAACGGACUGGAGAAUCAUGAACAAGUCUGUAGGAGUUCAGGCAGAAUAUCUGUUCAGAGUGGAAAUGAACAAAAAAUUUUAGAUAACUAUACUACUACUGGUGAAAGAAAUGGAAGCUCACAUGGAAACACAGAGCCUCUGUUGUCUGAAAACAAUAUUACUGAUUACUCCAGUGCAAACUGCACCUUGUCAGAAACAGAUCAUUUGGUUAAAGUUGUUGAUGGGCAGAUAUUAUAUACAUGCAUUGUUUGCAAACGUAGCUAUGUAACAUUGUCUAGCCUUCGAAGACAUGCAAAUGUGCAUUCAUGGAGAAGAACUUAUCCUUGCCAUUACUGCAACAAAGUGUUUGCAUUAGCUGAAUAUCGUACCAGACAUGAAAUCUGGCACACAGGGGAAAGGCGUUAUCAGUGCAUUUUCUGCCUUGAGACUUUCAUGACCUAUUAUAUACUAAAAAAUCAUCAGAAAUCUUUCCAUGCAAUUGACCAUCGACUUGCAGUAAAUAAAGAAACACCUAAUGGAGGCUUAAAGCCUAGCAUGUAUCCUUACAAACUUUAUAGGCUUUUACCUAUGAAAUGCAGAAGGCUACCUUAUAAGUCCUACCAGAAUUCUUCGUUUGAAAAUGUACAAGCAAGCAACCAAGUUAAUGAAGCAACUUCUAGUACCUGCAUUAUUCAGAAUUCUCUCAACUCUGAACUACCUUCGCUGAAUUUUCAAAAUACUAUAUUAACAAACAAUACCACUAUUUCCUUGAAUACAUCUUCAUGCAAUGAUGCAACAUCAUCUAUGAAUAUUCAGAAUGUUUCACCUUGGGCAGUAGGAAUGUUAAAUUCUGACCUACAAAGUGACUUUUUUACUGCAGAAAAAUCAGUGCCCCAACCUGCAAAUGAUCUUAGUUCUGGUUCUCAGGAAUGUGAUUCCUCCGUUCUGUCUUUCAGUAAUGUGAGUGAAAAUUCAACCUCUGUUAUUAACUAUAGCUGCUCAGCACCCUCGGUUAUAAUGCACAGUAGUAGAGUCUCAUCAGUAAUAAUGCACAGUAAUGCAGUCACUUCUAUGGGAAGCAGUAAGACAAUAUCCUCCAAUAAUACAGCCAGUCAGUCCAUAAAAGAUGACUGUAAACAUGGGUCAGAUAAUUACGGCAAAGGCAUUACUAAAGCAAAAACUAUUAAAGAAAAAAAGAAAACACUUCUGUACAAUAGAGGAGAAACACUCGAGGAGUUAGAGUAUAUUACAGGAUCUGGAGGUUCAUCUAACAAGACUAUAGAUACUGUUCAAGAAUCAAGUAAAACUGAAACCUACAUUGCAAAGCCUGCCUUACCUGGAACAUCUACUGAUAGUAAUGUUGCUCCCCUUUGUCAAAUAACAGUAAAAAUUGGGAAUGAGGCUAUUGUAAAAAGACAUAUUUUAGGAUCCAAACUGUUUUAUAAAAGAGGAAGAAGGUCUAAACGUGAAUCUGAACAGGACAAUCAGCCUCAGGAGACUGAAACAGAGAGAAAAGAAAGAAGCCCAGCUAGGCUUUGCAGAUCAGAAUGUAUGGAACUUACUGAAAUGUGCGAUGAUGUAAGUGAUCAGGAUUCCAAUGACAAACCCUGGAGACCUUAUUAUAAUUACAAACCAAAAAAGAAAUCUAAACAGCUAAGAAAAAUGAGAAAAGUCAAAUGGAGGAAGAAUCAUGGAAACAAGAACUCCAGUAGUGAAAGUGAAAAUACGUGCAAUAGAGAGUAUGCACUUAGAAAAAUUCCUGACGAAAAGGGCAUCAGUAAAGAAGGAAACACAGAAAUGCCUAAUCUUCAUUGUGAGCUCUGUGAGCGAGAGAAAUCUUCCACCGAAGAAAUCCAGGAACCUAUACAUUGGCAUGUACCUACUUCAAAGCCUUAUAUUUGUGAAUUAUGCCAAAAGCAGUUCCAGAGCCCAUCCACACUAAAAAUGCAUAUGAGAUGUCAUACUGGAGAAAAGCCGUAUACUUGUAAAACCUGUGGUAAGUGUUUUUCAGUUCCAGGAAACCUACAGAAACAUGAACGUAUUCACUUGGGUGUCAAGGAUUUUGUCUGUCAAUAUUGUAGUAAGGCAUUCACUUUAAAUGAAACGCUCAAAAUACAUGAAAGAAUACAUACUGGAGAAAAACGCUACCACUGUCAAUUCUGUUUACAGAGUUUUUUAUAUCUUUCUACCAAAAGGAAUCAUGAGCAAAGACAUGUACAUGAACACAAUGGAAAAGGAUAUGCUUGUCUUCAGUGCCCCAAAAUUUGCAAGACAGCAGCUGCUCUUGGAAUGCACCAGAAGAAACAUCUAUUCAAAAGCCCAAGUCAACAGGAUAGAAAAGAGUAUUUGUGUAAUGAAAGCUCUAAACAUUUGGAAAAUCAACAUUUCAUUGACUCAGAUGGGAACGAAGUGAAUAGUAUACAGAGUAUGACUCCAGACGUUGUACUUUGAGUGACAGUUGUCAAAAACAAGAAAAGAGCACUGGAGAAAAAUGUAUAGAAGCGUGGAAUGCAAAGGAAACUCCAGAUUCAGGCAGGUUCAAAAAAUGAAGAUAACAUUUCUUCAUCCAAAUAACUUUUAUAUAUUAGUACAGUAUAUGCAAAAAAUACACUGCAACUGAAAAGCUAGGAAUAUUUGCAAUAGUGUAAACAUAGCAUGAGGGGAAAAAAAGCCUGAUCCAAAAUAGUUCUGCAACAGUAAACAGUUGUAAUACAUACACAGAAGAAAACAGUAGGUCCAAUCAAAACCUUUUUAAUCAGAGUUACAAGUAACUAGCCACUGAACUGUCUUAAAUGUACAAUACCGUAUUUGAUUCUGAAUCACUCUGGACAUAAUAAAGACCAAAUAUAUAGGUUCAGAGUACAUUCACUAUGAAGAAUUUGUGCUACAGAAGAUGAUGUGAUGCAUUUAUACUCAAACUUUCAUGGUAUUGUGUUUAUGAAUGAAAAACAAAAUUUAAAAGAUCAUGGCCUAAUGUAUACAGUAUCUUAAAAUAAUCCGGUAAAGAUAGAAAAUGUUUAUUGAAUGUGAGUAUGAAGUAUAGUUCAUUUUUGGAAAACUUUUCUGUAUCUCAAACCUUGGUUUAUACUGUUGUAUGAUUAUUACAUUUUACACUAUCUAUAUUCAAUUUUACAAUUACAUUGAUAAGCAGUGGGUAUCUGAGUGUCAGUGAGGAUUGGAAACCCUGAUUCAUGAUACUCCUGUGGUAUUCAAUAAAUGUUCAUCUUAAAUAUUAAGUCUUCCAAGCUGCAUUAGUCCUGGAAAGUCCAGCUAUCAACUGUAUGUCAGGCCAAUUAAUCCAAGGGCAAGUCCAGAUUUAUUGUUGUAGAAGCCAAAUGAAACACACUCCAGCUUCAUGGUCAAGGAGUUGUGGAACUGUCCAGUAUAAAGACCUUGUGUAAAUACAUUUCCCACCUUCCAGUGGCUCUGCAACUCUUUAAUUUUUGGAACCAUCUCGCUUCUCAUUUCGGGAUGCUUAGUCCAUGAGAGUUCCUCCAGCUGGAAUAAUUUCACACAUGCCGUGAGCAGGAGUUGGACUAGUUCUUGGUCUUCAAAUGAGUUGGCUAAAACCAACAAAUAAAAAUUACCCUUUUUGUUUUGCUUUUUUGAGUGGUAGGAGUGGGGAAUAUCUAGUUUCUUUCAUCCAUACGUCAAUCAGGGCUUUUUCAUUGCCUCUAUACACUUUCAUCCACACACACAUUUGAGACAGUCCCCUGUGGAACUGGGGCAUAGGCCAGUCUACUGUGGAGGAGGAGUGGCCUCCUGCCCUGGCAGGCUUUUUAAUUUAGUGGGGAUAGGGGCUUGCCCUUGCCCAUGCUCACAAUCCAGCUGCAGUUUCUUAGAGUAUGGUGUAGUAACCAUUGGGCCACAUGCUGGCCCAAUUCUCUCUCUGACAACUAAGUAGAGAGCUAAUCAUAUGCUUUGGUUGCAGCAUCUUUAAGGUUCUUCCAUAGAUGAAGAAUGUGCAUCCAGGGAAGAGUACCCCCACCAAACUUCAUACCAUGAGCCUGAUUUCUAUAUAUAUGCUGAUCAGUCUUGGUAGAGAUGCAGAUUCUGUUUCAGUAAGAAAGGAGCCAGUAUUCUGAGACUGUUAGAAAGGGAGUACAACUCCUCUCUGAUUAAGGAUUAGUCUCUGAGGCUGCAUGCUCACAACCUGGCUCAGUGUUCUUCUCUGGACAGACAGCAGUCUUCUGUGGUGAACACAAUUGCUGGAUCCCACAUACUUCUAAUCCCCUGGGUCUGAUUAGAGCUGGGUCAGUGUUCCGAGCUCUGGGUCUCUGAGUUUUUCUCUCCAGGAACGUUAAAUUUGUGGCAAAUUGGGGUGUGAAUCUACCCUGCACUCAACCGUGUGAAUCUCUUGAAGUCGAGGAUGAUUGUCUUUUGUGGAUUGUCCAUUUCAAAUUAUCUGUGGGGCUGCUGAUGGCUUGUAAGGCCUAUUCUGGAGCUGCAGACUCUGCCAUGUUUCCGAGCAGGGCAGGUGAACCUGGGAUAUUGGUCUGGGCCAUAGCACAGUCUUUCUGUCGCUUCCAUUUUUCUGUUACAUGUAGUUGCACCUAAUUCUCAAAGUGCUGAGUUCUCUGCCUCAAGCAGUUCCUCAAUUGUUGUCAGUCCUGGGUUAUGUGUUCCCACAAGUUGAUGUCAAUAUUGCAUUUCCUCACAUUAGCCUUGAGGAUGUCCCUAUAGCAUUUUUUCUGCCCUCCUCUGGUGCAUUUGCCUUGGAUGAAUUGAGAGUAGAAGACUUGUUUUUGGCAGUCUGGAAUCAGGCAUCUGGACAACAUAGCUUUCCCAGCGAAGUUGAUGAUAAAUAACCAUCACCUUGAUGCUCGUAAUAUUGGCUUAUGAGAGAACGCUCAUGUUAGAGUGUCUAUUAUCCCAUUUGAUUCAGAGAAUCUUAUGCAUACAGCAUUGAUACUUUUCCCAUGCCUUACGAUGUCUCCUAUAUGUUGUGCACAUUUCAGCUUAGCAAGGUGGAUGGAGAUCACAACAGCUUUAUAGACCACGAGUUUGGUUUUGGUUCUGAUGUUGCAAUCUUGAAACACCCUCUUUCUCAGAAGACUAAAAGUUUGGCUUGCACAUUUGAGCCGGCAUUGGAUUUCUUCGUCAAUAUCAGCUGUCUGUGAAAGGUGGCUUCCAAGAUAUGGAAUGUGUGCAACAUUCUUUAGAGGGUUAUUGUGGAUCUGUAUUGCUGGUGAUGGGAAUUGUGCACCAGGAGCUUGCUGAUGGAGAACCUUUGUCUUCUGGAUGUUAAGCAUCAGUCCCAUUUUCUGAUAUGCUUCAGCAAAGAUGUUGAUGGUCACCUGAAGAUCUAUUUCUGAGUGAACACACACUACAGUGUCAUCAGCAUACGGAAGCUCGAUGACUGAAGUCAGCGAUGUUUGAAUUCUGGAUUGGAAGCAGCUAAGGUUGAACAGCUUGCAAUCCAUUUGGUAGAUUAGCUGCACUCCUACCAGGAUCUUAUCCGUGAUCAAAUAAAGCAUUGCAGCAAGGAAGAUGGAGAAGCGCGGGGGGGGAGGGCAAUAACACAGCCCUGAUUGACACCUAUCUUAACCUUAUAAGGAGCCAUAGUAGACCCACUAUGGAGAAUCACUGCUUGUAUGUCAUCGUGAAGGAGAUGAAUAAUGGUGACAAAUUUCAGUGGACAACCAUACAUCAGAAGGAUUUCCCACAAUGCUUCCCUGUUAAUAGAGUCAAAGGCUUCCGUCAGGUCAGUGAACGCCAUGUAUAGUGGUCUGUGGUGUUCUCUACAUUUUUCCUGCAGCUGGCGAGCAGUGAAGAUCAUGUCAUUAGUGCCUCUAGAUGGUCUAAACCCACACUGAGAUUCAGGAAGAAUGUCUUUGGCAAGAGCAAGAUGACGGUUCAGGAGAAGUCUUGUAAGGACCUAUCCUGCAGUUGCUAACAGAAAGAUUCCUCUAUAAUUUCCAGUUGGACUUAUCUCCAAAAUGAUGCAAACAGAAAAUCAGCCCAGAGACACUCAGGGAUCCAAUAAAGCGUGAUCUCUUCCACCAAUGCCUCAGCAAAAAUACCUCGAACUAGCCUGCCACAGACUAACUGUCCAUGUGGACCCUGCUGACGCAUAUCAGACUGCACCAAUUAAUUGUUAAUGUGUGUCAGCAUAGUCCACAUAGACAGUUAAUCUGUGGCAGGCUAGUGCAGAGUAGAUUCACACCCCAGCUUGCUGUGAACUAAUUGUCGUGUAAACAAGCCCUAAGGAGCACUCCUAACUACAGACCUCCAUGUCUGCCAUUCUUCCUUGGGAUGUGGGACGCUGCAGCCUGACCUGCCUUGAACCCUGAAGCCAGUGCCUCAGCACUCCCAACCCCCCCGUGGCUUAUAUGUGUCCCCUCAGUGUGGGAGCUCUGAGCUUCUACAAAAUGGCAGGCAAGCAAAAAAUACAGGUUUAGCAAAGAAAUUUCUUAAGAAAGCACUAAAGAGUUACAGCACUCUACAAAAUAAACAGCCCUGAGAUGCUCUCCUUUUAGCAUGAUCUAACCCCUUCUGUGAGCCUGAGAUCUGAGCAUUGUUUCAGGCGAGGCAGACACUUCUGCCUUCUCUCUUGCUCCAGCCUGGUCUUCUGGCUUGUGACAAAGGGAGCCCCCCCCCACUUAAAUACAAUUGUCCCUUUUUGCCCCUCAUUCUCCAACUGGGAAAUUCCAUCCUAUUCCCCCAGUCAGGCUGCUGUGUAGCGUCCAAUGUCCUGUGGGGAUGGCUGGUAGUGCAGAGACUGUCAGCUGAUGAGCCUAUAUUGCUAGAUGAUGGCUCCUCAGCCAUAGUCAUCCUCCAACAGCCAGAAGCCAUGAAUAUUCAUUUGGUGACCCUUAGAAUUCUAUAAGGUCCUACGUUACCAAGGCUGGCAGAGGUCAGCUCAAAAGAGACAUCCAGUAAGACCAGAGUUUUACAGUGAAUAUUGUUUUGGUGACUGGAACAAAGGAUCUAAUUUUGAAGAAGGUGGAGAAAAUACUUUUAAAAAAUGGUCAAGGAAGGUAGAUGACUAUGAUCAACAUUUUAUACCAUAGGGCUGAUCUGAUAAGUAUCCAUAAUACUGCAUCUGUAUUAUCUAUUCUCAUGUAUUUUUAUCUGUAUACAGUAUUAUAAAAUAAAGGACAGGACAAAGAUUGGUGAACCUCAACUUCAUUCUACAUAAAAAUAUGAUACACUAUUUGUUUAGUUAUUUGGUUUUUUAUUAUACAUUGUAAAAGAAGUGAUAUCUUGGUCUGAUAAAACUACACUUGAACUGAUAGUGAAGUACUCAAUUAAAUAAUAGUAUUGUCCACUUAUUUAUUCUGCCAGGGAUGAAUUAUAUGAAUCAAUGAGAGUUUUGGUUCCAUAGCAGCUUUAGGUCCAGACAACUGGGAUUAUGAAAUAAAUACAAUACAAAUGUGACGAAAUACAUGGGGAUAUUUUCUAAGUGGAGUUAUAUGUCGAUCAUUCUAGACCAAAGCAAAUCAGGUAGAAUAUUUAUACAAAUAUUUUACAAAUAUUUUAUAUAACUUAUGGUUCAUAAGAAAAAUAUUGAUAGCUUGUGUUAGGUUUGGUGGGAUUGCAUAUUUUGAUAAAAACACAAUGACUUUCUAAUUCUGUGUAUUCUCUACAGUUUAUAGCAAAGCAAUUAUUAAGAUGGCCAUGUCAUGUUUAUAUUUAAUUGUAGGACUUUUAUCACAAGUAACAUGUUGAAGUAAUGAGUCGAGUACUAAUGACCAAACUGGAAUUAAAAUAAGUGUAAAAGAUGGAAAUAUUGUACAGUGUAAAAGAAUGUACUUUGUUACAUAAUUGCAUUUGAAUUUUUGUUUAGAAAAUACUAUUAAAUGCAGAUAUUAAGGGUUGGGGAAAGUCUAUUUUAUUUUU